AGCGCUUUGAUUGGGCGAAAACUUACUAUUUUGUGUUCUUUCCCUCACCUGCCACACAUGCGCCUUACAUGAUGCCAUAAAUUUCUGAUGCAACGUUAUAGCUAGGGGUUGGAGACUCCAUUGGCUGUUGCCAGCUGGCACUGCGGCGUACCUCUGGCGCAGAUACGAGCAGCUUGUGAGGUUGCAAGCCAGCACCACAUCUCAGACAUAAUAUCUUUCACUUGGCUUUGGCUGCUGCUAGUGCGCUAAUGAAAGUGAAGAUCGGUAGCUAUUUCACCGGACACCGUCGAAGCAGCAGCAGGUGAUGCAUCCAGAAUCAUUACGAAGUCCUGUUACAGAGAUUCCCAUGAAUGUCUCCAUGGCGCCCUUCAAUGUAUUCAGUCAGUAGUGAAUUGUCCCGUCGUUUUUACCGUCUACAGGUAUCAUGUCUGAUUCUUCUCCUCCUUUCGACGUGGCCGGCUUUAUGGGAGGGUACGUUAUGACGCUCUAUAUUGCGCUCAUUUUGUAUGGCGUCACCCUCGCACAGGUUUAUAUCUUCACUCUCAAUUGUCAAAAAGACUCCACAUUCCUCAAAGGAGUCGUUGGUACGGUUUGGCUGCUGGAGACCGUCCAUAGCGUCUUCAUGCUUCGCCAAAUUCAUUACUUGACGAUCAUUGGAUUUGGCGACAUAGAUGCUAUCACAACGGUAGAUUGGAGCAUUGGUGUUUUCUUAGUCGCGGAGAACGGAAUCAUCGCCCUUGUACAAGGGUUCUACGUUCGCAGAAUUUGGCUCCUUAGCGGUAAAAGAUUGCUAGUAACGAUUGGACUGUCAUUGCUGCUCGUCACUUGCGUGGCGUUCCAUAUGACUGCGGCGGUAUAUACGUUUAUUGCACACACUUGGCUGGACUUCCAAGGCCUCUUCGGUGCGACGUUAUGUGUUGAAGUCGCCAAUGCUCUCUCAGCUGCACUGGAUGGUCUUAUCGCAGGAUCCAUGAUAGUUCUCUUUUAUCGCGGUAAAACCGGGUUCAAGAGCACCGACAAUAUCCUUCGAUGGUUGAUGGCAUACUCAGUGAACACUGGGCUCAUUACGAUGAUCGUUUCGAUCUCAAUAGCCAUUACGUAUUCUCGCGAUCGAGAGUCUCUGCUGGCCAGCGGCUUGACCACCAUCUCUGGCAAACGUAUGUCCACUCCUGGGCCUAUUCAUCUAUUCGCACCUUCCAACAUUCGUCGUCUAAGCUUUAUGACUUAUCGUAUGUCGUGCAGCCUGAACGCGAGAGAGAGCCUGCGCGGGAAGCACGCGAAAAGUGGAGGGCUUGACACAAACCAACUCGAGCUUCCAAACUUUCAGACGUCCUCUACCCAUGGUACUCAAAAUGUGGAAGCACGGCACAUUACUUUCAGCGCCCAACCAGGGAGAUAUAUGAGCAAGCCGGAGCCUACACGCGGCAUCCUCGAGGAGUCCGACUCGAAAAUUAUGGAGAUAACAGCGAAGGCGAGAAGCGAGGAUAGCUUAUGAUCUGCUACUUGUCCCUUGGUUGCGCAAGCAUCGCGGCUCCUUUUUUGACUUCGGGCAACAGGUGCGACUUAUCUUAUACUUACGUAUCUUUCUUGGGAUGUGCAAUAAAUGUGCGGGUGAGUCUGAAUGCGGGGUCAAAUAAGUCAUCAAUGGUUCUCAACUUUGACCUCUCAUCGAAAUAACAACACACCUGAAUAGGAAGGUGAUCCCUCAGACUCGAGGUCGUUCGACCUCAUUGCAUGGCGUUUACGAGUUUCGAAGCGGCCUGAAGCAAGGUUAAGAAUUAAUAAUAUUAUCACGCGUAGAUGUAAUACAGCAAGAUAACAGUCCGAAUGCAAUUGAAAGGUCCAGGAAAGUAUCAUGC